CCUUUGUGCUGCACACACAUGCAGAGCAAGUAGCUUCAGGGUAGUUGGGCUACUGUUGCUUUGACCAGGCUGCAUGCUUUGGCACGCUGAAAUGGCUUGUGGAGUUCAUUUGGGGAUCUUGCUGAUUUGUUUAGUUCAAGCAGAGCAUGUAUGCUGUUUAUGGGCUACACAAGCUCCGAGUUCCCAGAGACAAAAUGGCAACAGGUAUGUUGGUUUCUCGCAACAGGACAGUGGCCUAAGAGGACUUGGUGGCAGCUAUCCCCAGAAUCAAUUCAGACAGGUCUCCAUUUAUCCAGGCUCAGCCAAGAGCAGUAGCCUCAAUCCACAGGCUGCAGUUAGUAGUGCUUAUAACCAUGGACUUUCCAGUAGUAGCUACACAAAAACAGUUUCACAGCCUGCUCAGAGUGGCCACACUUCAGUCAGGUUGAUAGACCACAGCUCUGUGUCAAACCCCAACUGGAGAAUGAUGAACUCAAAACCGGUAAAGGUUCAAAAGGAGCCAAAAAAGCCGUACUUGGGCCUCUCUACUGAUAUUGCUAGUGGAAGUUCUGUGAGUAAAUACAGUAAAAAUAAGAAUGACCUUAAUGAUAUUGGCAAGAGAACUUGGCCAGUUCAGCAGGGUACACAGCGUACUAGCCAAUACCUAUCCAGCAAUUCUGCAUCUGUUCAGAGUCCUUUUAGGGAGAGGGGCUCCUUCACAUCAGCCUCCCACCAGUCUGCAGUAGCCAAAACACCAGCCUACUAUGGACCAAGAGGCUUCUCUCCGUCUAUGAAGUCUUCCAGUCUGUUCAGUGCAGGUGUUCCUGCACCACAGCGAAACUCUGGACUGACGCAAACAUCAGCCAGUGCCCCUGCUAGGGUGUCUUCACGUUCUAAUGCUGAAGUAUCUAAACCCUCCCAUUUCUCACCUGCUCAAAUUAAGAGGACUAGAAAUUAUCCCAGCCAGACUGAGGCUGGAAAACCAUACCGGAGCAAGCUGUUUCCAGUUAACGGAGGAAGUGCCCAAGGAGGCUACAGGCCUACUUCCAGUAUGGCGUCAAGCUAUGUGAGUUAUACCCAGUCUCUUCCAGCACCCUCCAAACAAAAUGCCCCUGUUAGUUUUGAGCCACGCAGUCUGAAAGUCCCCACAGGGUUUAACUACAAACCCAGCUAUGCCUCUGCUGAGCAGAAGCCUAGCAGCUCUGUCCAAACAUUCAGGAAUGGCAGAAACCCAGCCCAGGGAGCUCACAACCUCCCUGCCUCUGGGAGCAGCAGAGCGGGAACCUCUCCCCAGCAGUUCGCCCCAACCAGAACCUACGACAUCCCUCAACAGUUCGGUGGCUUUGCAAUCAGACGGCUGAAAGAACCUGCUGACCAGAAUGAAGUUAAUGUCCAGAAGCCACAAGAUCCUUCCACUGCUCCACUGCGGCAGACUGCAUCUUACAAGCCACAGGGUCAGAGUGUAAGUCCAGAGAGCAAAUGGAAGAGGGUCAGGCUGCAUCCAGGACUCCUGAAGGUGCAGCAGGCUUGAAGAAUCAUUGACUAAAUUAGUGUUUUGAAAUAAAUUUAUUAAUUUA